AUGGUUAACAAAUGUGUUGUCACAAACUGUAAAACUGGUUACUCUACUGAUCCAAAAAAGUCUACAUUUCAUUUUCCUGAAGAAAGCAGUUUGCGAGAACGAUGGAUAUAUUUUGUCAAUAGAAAAGAUUGGCUUCCAUCUAAAUACUCUGCUAUUUCUAUUGAUCAUUUCGAGGAUAAAUUUAUUAAAUAUAGGAAAAGAUGCACCAUGAAAUGGGAUCUCCAACCUGUUCCAACUAUUCACACAGAUAAAAAAAGUAGUUCAUCAACUUUAAGUGUGCCAAAGUUGCCUAGAAAAGAACCAACUUUAAGAUACUUGGGAAAAGAUGAGUUCAGUGAUUUUCAAAAUAUUGAUAAAAUAAUUAGUCUUAAUUCGUUAAAAGAACAGCAUUGCCCACCAGGAUUUACAUUUAAGAAACUUCACGAUAGUGUUGUUUUGAUGAAAUAUCAGGUAUACCAACUGUGUUUGAGUCAAUAA